AUGGAAACGAAGAGUAUCAGCGAUUCCGAUGUCAACGCCAAAUGGGACGCAUGUCUCGAUCUCACUGCCCGUCGCGUCGUCUACUCUUCACUCGGCGGCGCGUUCGCCGGUCUUCUCUUCUUCAGGAGUCCUGUUACAAGAUGGGCAUCGAUUGCUUUUGGUGCUGGAAUCGGUAUUGGCUCUGCAUACACAGAUUGUUCUCGUUUUUUCGAUGCAUCAUCGUCUUCAACUUCAGCCACUUUAUUAGCUCCCAAGAGUACUGAGUCUUCUAUAUCUCAGGUUAGUCGGGAUUUCUCUUCUCCUUUACUUCAUACAUUGAUUGUGGGAAUCCCCAUUAGAUUAGUUCUUGGAUCAUUUCGUUCUUCGCAUUCAGGACAAACAUUGUGGAGGUUAGAAACGAUGAUGAAAUUAGAGGGUUUCAUUGUAGUUUAA